AUGCUGGGUGCUGUGGAAGGCAUCCUCCUUACCAUUGCAACUAGUGAGGCUGUACUGGGCAUUUUAGGAAACACGUUCAUUGCAUUUGUGGGCUUCAUGGACUACACCCAGAACAAGAAGCUCUCUAAGGUUGCCUUUAUUCUCACCGGCUUGGCGAUCUCCAGAAUUUGCCUUGUGUGGAUGUUAAUCACAGAAGCGUACGUUAAGAUCCUCUCUCCACAGUUGCUGUCUCCCGCCGACGUCAUUGAACACAUCAGUUAUGCAUGGAUAGUUAUCAGUCAAUUGAACGUGUGGUUUGCCACCAACCUCAGUAUUUUCUAUUUCCUGAAGAUAGUAAAUUUUCCCCACUAUGUACUCUUCUGGUUAAAACGAAGAGUUAAUAUAGUUUUUCUCUUCCUAGUUGGGUGCUUGCUCUUGUCAUUGUUGUUUUCUUUCUCAGUGGUUAGGAAGAUGACUAAAGAUAGUAAAAUGCUGUAUAUGAACACAUCCUGGCAGUUCCACUUGACGAAAAGAGAGUUAGUCAAUAACUAUGUUUUCACCAAUAUGGGAGUAUUUUCAUUCUUUGUGAUAAUGUUAACUGUAUGUCUUUUGUUAAUCAUGUCACUUUGGAGACACAACAGGCAGAUGCAGUUGAAUGGAUCAGGAUUCAGAGAUCUCAACAACAAAGUUCAUGUGAAAGCAAUAAAAGUUUUGCUGUCUUUUAUUAUCCUUUUCAUAUUGCAUUUCAUGGGUAUUGCCAUCAGUGCAGUAUGUCUGUUAAUCCCAGAAUGCAACCUGUUAUUCAUGUUUGGUUUGACAAUUACAUUCAUCUAUCCAUGCUGUCACUCAUUUAUCCUAAUUUUAGCCAACAGUAGACUGAAACAAGUUUCUGUAAAGAUAUUGAAACAAUUAAAGUGCUCUGAAAAAAGAAACUGUCUCAGAGCCACAUGA